AUGAUAGUCAGUUUAGAAAAAGACUUGAUUCCUUUGAAGAAGUGGCCACAGAUUUUCAUCAAACCGGGGGUGAAGUUUAACAAACGCGGUAUUCAAAGAGGUUCGUCUUCCACAUUAUUUAAAAGAAUGCCUCACACCCAAUCUCCUUCUGCAGCGUUUUAUAUCACAAAUGAACUCUCCAGUAUAUACGUCCAUGCAGUCUUUGCCAUCCAACUCAGUGAUGCCAAUUUGCUUUUCCUGCAGAUUGCACCCAUUGCCUUGUUGUUUUUCAAAAUGAUCGAGAAAAAUUGGGAAAUUAUGUGUAAUGAUAUCGAAAGCGGCACGAUCAGUAGAGACGUUAUCAUUGACGAUGAUGUGCGGCAACAAAUAAACGAAGAGUUCGAACCAGACCCAGGACGUGCUGCAGAAUUAAGGAGUAUAUUUAGGAGAGGCAUGAAGAACAUUGUUCGUCGCAUUUGGCCAGAGAUGGCUCAGUUGGUGUUUCUUGCAAGUGCCACGUAUUCUGCUCAGACUAAGAUUGUCAAGGAAGAAUAUGCUAGAGAUGUUGCUAUUAGCUCCAAUAUCCACAUGGCAACAGAAGGAGUUUAUGGAAUCAAAGCUAUUCACCCUAUCUAUCCCGAUGAUUUCGAAUAUGUUUUCUUGGUGAAUUAUCAAUUUUUCGAGUUUAUACAUAUUGUUGAUAUCGAUGAAGAAAAUCCAAAGACACUGCUACUCCAUGAGCUGAAAGUGAAUGAAAAAUAUGAACUAGUUAUAACGACCAGAGAGGGCUUAUAUAGAUAUAGAACUCAAGAUAUCAUUAAAGUCACUGGUUAUCAAGAUUCAACUCCGCAAUAUCAGUUAUUAGGCAGAUCUGGUGAUGUCCUGAACUUAAGGUCAGAAAAAGUACAUGUUGAUAUGGUCAUUAAGGCUUUAUACUAUAGUGCCAAUUGGAGUGAUCUUCAGAUAGCUAAUUAUACAUGUACAGAAAAUAUACACGUAGAAAACAUUCUAGGUAUUGGUGACCUGUACUAUGUUAUUUUUGUUGAAUUUACCACAGACAUCAAGAUGAACGAUGAACAAAUAUUACAGAUUGACGAAGUGUUAAGUAACCAUGUUGAAAAUUAUAAAGACAACAGGAAAAAUGGUGCUAUUCAAGCAGUCAAGAUAGAGCAGGUUAAAAUCGGAACGUUCGAUAAACUGCGAAAUAUGCAGUUAGAAAAUAACCCUGACUGUUGCUUCGGACAAUACAAAACUCCAAGAAUUCUGCGGCGAAGGGACUAUCUAAAGUUUUUGUUGGAUUUGCGAAUUGCUUAA